CCGCGCUUCGAAUACAAUGGGCGGUCGCGGAAGGGGCCGAGGCGGAGGUCGCGGCGGCGGGCGCGGCGGCUUUGGCGCCGGGAACCAACCCCCUAUGGGCCUCACGUUUGCCGACAUCCAGUCGUUGUCGAGGGAGGGGACGGCGCUGUAUCCAGUAUUGCAGCAGCCUGUGAUGGAGGAAUAUACGGAGGAUGAAAAGCGCAUUGCGGCCCUGCAGAUAGGCUUCUCGGCGCGUUUGCGCGGCUCCGCUUACUAUGUCGUCGAGACCACGAAGAGUGACGAUCUCCCUCGAUACUCUGAUCGAUAUCGACAGUCUGAAGCGUCGCAGCCAACUCUCAAGCGCAAAGGCCUUCAUGCACCAUUCUUCCCUCCGGAGUUGCUUGAGGAUUACUUCAACCCGGGCCGGAAACGACGUAACAUCGGAGCGGCCAAGCUCAAGAGUAGAAUUAACCUCGACAAGUUCGACGAAGGCGAUGAAGAGAAGGAAGGAUCAGAAAAGGAAGGCUCCCAAGUCGGCUCCGACGCCGAGCAGGACGACUACGACGUCGACGAAGAGUACGACAACGACUACGCAGAGAACUACUUUGACAAUGGCGAGGGAGACGACGCGGACAACCUUGGUGAUGGUGGUGGUGGCGAUGACGGCGGAGGAGGAGGGGAUUAUGACUGAAAAUGUAUUCCGACCAAUGAGAUUGUACUUGCUGUCAGUUCGUCCACGUUUCGCGUGAGCAAACUGCCGCCUCCCUGCUCUAGAACGCUAUCCCUCACCCGCGAGAUCUGCGUCGCCGCCCUCC